GGCAGUGAAGAGCUCACGCACAUCACCUUCUACUGCAUUGUCCAGUGAGCGUUAUCAGGCCGAAAAUCGACGAUUGAAAGACGCCCAAGUCAAUCGACCGUCAAGCUAAGAAAGACCAUCUAAAUUAAUCGCUAUCAGACAGAGGAGUGAAAAAGAAGAUAUGAUGGCAGUCGCAGCCGCUCAAAAGAACCGCGAAAUGUUCGCCAUCAAGAAGUCUUACAGUAUUGAGAACGGGUAUCCAGCGCGACGACGUUCUCUCGUAGACGAUGCCCGUUUUGAGACGCUGGUCGUCAAACAAACGAAGCAAAGCGUACUCGAGGAAGCUCGACAACGAGCGAAUGACACGAACGCGGAUCAGACAAUUACUUGUACUCAGGAACAACAGGGUCAGGGAGAGCAUUAUGUCGACGUUUCAUCAAGUGACGACGAGCAGGUGGAGUCGUUAGUUUGCGCAUCGAAGAAGGAAGAAGCGAAAGCGGAGGCUUCAUCGGACAGCGAUGGAAAACCGGAUGACGAUGACGAUGAUGAUUCCGGACUAACCGAGGAAGAAGUAGUGCUUGCAAAAACUAUAGCCGAAUCUCCGGAUACCGAAUACAGCGUGCAAAAAGCGGCGCUGGUGUUGACAUUGAGAGAGGGGAUCGGUUCUUUGGGCAGGAUCCUAAAGACAAUCGAAAAUUUCAAGGGCAUGAUCACCCAUGUCGAGUCGCGGCCUUCUAAGAAGGAAGGCCUGCAGUUCGAGGUCUUGGUCAAGAUUGACAUGAGCAGACAGAGCUUGCUGCAGUUGAUUAGAAAUCUACGACAGAGCUCGGCCUUGGAUGGCGUAACUCUGCUCGCCGACAAUUCCGUUAGCAUCAAAGAUCCCUGGUUUCCCCGUCAUGCUUCCGACCUCGACAAUUGCAACCACCUGAUGACCAAAUACGAGCCGGAUCUCGACAUGAAUCACCCGGGUUUCGCUGACAAGGAGUACCGCGCUCGUCGCAAGGUCAUUGCCGAAAUCGCUUUCGCCUACAAGUACGGCGACCCGAUACCCAGCAUUCCUUACACCGAGACGGAAAACGAAACUUGGUCACGCGUCUUUAACACCGUGCUGGAUCUGGUACCGAAACACGCGUGCAUGGAGUACCAGAGGGUUUUCAAGAAAUUGCAAGAGGAAAGAAUCUUCGAAUCUCAUCGUAUACCGCAGUUACAGGAAGUCAGCGAUUUCUUGAAGAAGAGCACGGGAUUCACUCUUCGUCCGGCCGCUGGCCUCUUGACGGCGCGGGACUUCUUGUCCAGCCUUGCCUUCAGGGUAUUCCAGAGCACUCAAUACGUCCGCCACAUCAACAGCCCGUAUCACACUCCCGAACCAGAUUGCAUUCAUGAGCUCUUGGGCCACAUGCCGCUUCUGGCUGAUCCCAGUUUCGCUCAAUUUUCGCAAGAAAUCGGAUUGGCGUCUCUCGGCGCCUCGGAUGAAGAAAUUGAGAAAUUAUCGACCAUCUACUGGUUCACGGUUGAAUUCGGUCUUUGUAAGGAAGGUCCCGAAGUCAAGGCUUACGGUGCUGGCUUGUUGUCAGCCUACGGCGAACUCUUGCACGCACUGAGCGACAAGUGCGAGCAUCGAGCUUUCGAUCCGACAGUUACCGCUCUCCAGAAGUAUCAAGAUCAAGAAUACCAGCCGAUAUAUUACGUGGCCGAGAGUUUCGAGGAUGCCAAGGAAAAAUUCCGUCGCUGGGUGGCUACUAUGAGUCGACCAUUCGAGGUCAGGUUCAAUCCGCAUACGCAACGCGUUGAAGUCCUCGACAGUGUUGAUAGACUAGAAGGUCUGAUUUCCCAACUCAAUACCGAGAUGACCCACCUUACGAAUGCCGUCAACAAAAUGAAAGCGAGACAAUUCGCGUAAGAAUGAGAAAUUUCGCGUCGUCGUUUAUCGGUUCUUCCUUUUGCGAACCAUCGAACCUCGAAAUCGAUCAUGCACUUAGCCAAUUAAAUAAUCCUUGAACUCUUUGGUGACAAUAAUUUUUGACAAUCUAUCAAAUAAUAGCUAUAAUAAUCAUACUAUAAAAAAUAUUCUAGUAAUUGUAACAGAGCUUAAUGAGUCUUUUAAUGAUAUAUUUCGAAAGCUUACUAGCUCGUUCUACUAAUUUUAAGGAAGCUGUAUAAGAAGCGAAAGAUUAAUUUGUUUUAAAUAAGAAAAACAUCUAUAAUUACGUUGAGGCUUCAGCUUCCAGGUUCGGUGGAGCAUAUCAUCUCAUCGUCAUUAUUUUUAUCGCGUGAUUCGUCCGUCAUUCCGUGUAUAAAGUCGUUCAUUUGCGUUGUUAUACGCGUGUACGCGCGCAUGUUAUGCAAAGAGUGAAUUUUCUUUGACACAAUCGCGAAUGUUAGUCCAUGUUGCAUAUUUAUUGUAUUGCGUUCCGUCAAAAUCGUACAACUUAAUUGAAAAAUGAAUCAUGUUGCGAAUUAAGUAAUUCGUGACAGCUCAUUCUUUUGCCGUCGGGUGUUUUUACGAAGUUCUUACGCCGGAAAUGAGCGGAAAUACAUAUCACAAGGCUAUCUUCGAAUAAACAGAAUGGCAUUAUUUUUUUCUUUUUUUAGCUCCGAUAGCUGCGCGCACACGCCUAUGAAAGAUUCUCACAGUACUAUUAUAUAAUUAUUAAUUAUUAUUAUUAUUUCGUUCUAUUUUAUUAUAUAAUAUUGUAUUAUUGUAUUAGUAUAUUAUAUUAUUGCGCAUGAAUUUGCUUCAACUGGCAACAGCAAACACUGGCAUCUGCCCGGAUAUUUCGUAGUGCAGUCUACAUUUAGCAAAAGUUAUAACGCGAGAUGGUUGUCGUUAAGAGUUGUCGUAGUCUUGUAGAACUUGUAGAACUCGCGGGAUUGAUUCCUCAUCGCGAUAGAAUUUGUUGUUCAAACUUGAGCGUACAGUAUUCUCUUCUUUCGCGAAUUAAUCGUUACACGGCGGCUAUAUGAAGUCGUUGGGCAGUUCUUCCGGACUAGCUGAUAAGAAGUAAACGUUUAGCGAAUGUUCUUAUCGGUUUGUCGCACUUAAUUUACAAUUUACCUGCAUCGAAUUAAACAGUAUUUCGUAAAGAUAUAUCUUUAAGUUGUGUUCUUAUUUAGAUAGUCCUUAUCUAGACGUUGUAUUGCUUCUUGUUCGAUCAAACUUUUUGGAAACUGUAGUUGCCAAACAGUUCCGGAAGUCACGAAGCGACGUUGCUUUAAAGAGAUACUAUUUAGCGAGUAGUGCGAGUCCCCGCUUGCGCACGUUAUCCCUAUCCGUAUCGACCCGUAUGAAAUAUUUUUCUCGUACGUGUACGUGCGUGUAACCCACCCUCGUUAGAUUGUAGUAAAAACGGUCAAUACAUAUGACAUGUUUCCUUUGUAUUAUAUUGUAAAGUACUCAGAGCAUAAUAAAAAAUUAAGAUAUGAAUCUUA